AUGACAUUAGGCCAGACAUGUGAGGGAAACUGUGGUGCAAAAUUACAAUCAUGUUCUUGUCACCCAACUUGUAUCUCUCUGAAGAACUGCUGUGCUGACUACAGAGACUACUGUGUAGAAAUAUUUCCCUAUUCUGGCACAAUUUUUGGUGGAACAGAUUUUGUUGUCCUUCAUGCAAAUUUCAAUCAGAGUUCCCAGAUUGUGUGCAGGUUCAAUGAUAAUAUCCAAACUGUUGGAUAUGUGGAUGAAAACAGCAGAGGACAUUGCAUCUCCCCCCUGCUGUAUGAAACAGGAUGGGUUCCUUUUCAGAUCUCCUCAGAUAAUGGCACAACAUUCAGUAGAACUGGAGCAUGGCUAUCAGUACAUACUGGAAAGUUAGAUUCUGGACUCAAGGCAACUAUGGACAAUUCAACCAAAUGGCAGUACUAUGGUACACCUAAUGUUGGAGGAACUCUCAGCAUGACCUGGAAUGUCUCUUCAGUCAGAGCAGAGAGGGUCAACAUCGAGCUCUGGGGCUACAGUGAGACAGGGAGUGAUUCACUGGUGUCUGUGCAAUGAUUAUCUGCAGGAGAGCCCUACUCAGAGAACUGGCAGGCUAAAUGGGAGUACUUGUACUCUCUUGCCAGGGAUUAUCCAAACAAUGGUUCCUUUACAUUUUUGCCGAAACCAGCAGAGGAUGGAUUUUCAGAAUGGGAGCUUGGUUCUAUACGAAUCAGUCCUAGCACCUUCCCUGAUGGCAUAUGGAAUGUAAAUGCCAUGUGGAGUGAGGACCAUGCUCUAGCCUGGCAUCUGGAGGAGAAGUUCAGGCAGGACUCAGCAGCCUGGGCGCUGGAUAAGUGUGUAGCAUGGGACCAGCUGGAGGAAGAGCUGCCCAACUUUCUGAGUGAAAUCAUAGACUGCCCAUGCACUCUGGCACAAGCAAGAGCAGAUACCGGGAGGUUUCAUACUGACUAUGGCUGUGAUAUAGAAAAAGGGAGUGUGUGCACCUACCACCCUGGAAGUGUUCACUGUGUGAGGGCUAUACACGCUAGCCCUAAGUACGGCGCAGGGCAACAGUGCUGCUAUGACAGCACAGGAGCACAGAUCCUGACAGCAGACUCUAUUGGGGGCAGCACACCAGACAGAGCACACGACUGGGGCUCACCUCCCUUCAAGAAACCUCCCAGAGUUCCUGCCGAGUCCCACUGGCUCUAUGAUGUUCUCAGCUUCUAUUACUGCUGCUUGUGGUCUGACAACUGUCAUUACUACUUCAAACACCGCCCCUCUAGUGACUGCAGGACAUACCAGUCACCCACACCAGGUGUGGUGUUUGGAGAUCCCCACUUCAUAACUUUUGAUGGUGUUAGCUACUCCUUCAAUGGCAAGGGGGAAUACUCGCUGGUGACCUCAGCUGACAAGCAGCUGAUAAUUCAAGGCAGAACAGAACCUGUCAAUGGAACCUUUAUAAAAGCAACCAAGUUGUCAGCAGUUGCCAUGAGAGAGGGAUCCUCUGAUGUUAUUGAGGUGCGGCUUGACAGCAGUCAGAGCCGCCUUGAGGUGUUGAGGAAUCAGAAAACCCUCUCCUUUACUGAGCAGACAUGGAUGGACCUGAAAGACGUGUUCGUGUUUUCUCCUACCUCCAAAAAUGUGACCGUGAUGUUCCCCACCGGAGCUGGGGUGGAAGUGCGACUCGCAGAGGGAACCAUGACAACCACUGUGCUCCUGCCAGAGGAAUUCAAAUAUUCCACUAUGGGAUUGUUGGGAAAAAUGAAUGGCGAUGCAAAAGAUGACCUUGUCACCAGUGAUGGUCAACUUGUCCUGAACCAAAGCAAUCCAGAGGAUUUAUUCAGCUUUGGGGGAAGCUGGGCGAUAUCCAAUGAGUCAUCCUUGUUCACAUAUGACUCAGAGUAUCUUUUGGACACAUAUUUCUAUGCUCCCAGGCAUGACUCUAGUUUUGUUCCAGUGUUUUCUGUCCCUGAUAAUCCAGAUGAUCCCCUGGCCAAUCAGGCAACUGUGAUUUGCUCUGGAGAGGGCUCUCUGUUCUGCAGGUAUGAUAUCCUGGUAGCUCGUAGUCUGAGGCUGGGAAAUGCAACCAGGGUGUCUUAUCAAAGUCAUAUUUCUCUUGUGGAGGAUCUAGAGCCAGUGGUAUCCUGUGGUUGGCUGUCACCACCAAAAAAUGGGAAGAAAGAAGGGACCACAUAUCUACAAGGAGCUAUGGUGAGGUUAUCCUGUGAUGAUGGCUAUAAUCUUGAAGGAUCCAAGGAGCGCACAUGCCAGAAGGAUGGCCAGUGGUCUGGAGAGCCCACAAGCUGCGUGGCUAUCACCAAUAUCACAGGAAUUGUGGUUGGUUCAGUCAUCGGAAGUUUGGCGCUGAUCAUAAUUAUAGUAACAAUCAUACUCCACUCCAGGAAAAAGAGAAGUCUUCGAGAAGCUGUACAGUCAGAUCGAGCAUCCCUAUAA